AUGGUCUUUUGGAGCACCAAUUCUCAUGCACUCCUUGGCCUCCUGUCCUUCGUCCUUCUCCUUCUCCUUCUCCAACCUGUCGUUGCCAUCCGCUUUGGCUUUCGACAAACCUCUGACAUCCCCACUUUCCGGGAAGCCCCCGCCUUCAGGAACGGCCAAGAAUGUGGCUCCACCCCAGCUGAACGCAUCAAUGUAGCCAUGACCCUUGACGCAAACUACCUCCGUGGCACCAUGGCUGCAGUUUUGUCCAUGUUGCAACAUUCCACGUGCCCGGAGAACCUCGCAUUCUACUUCCUAACCGCACACUACGCUCCUGAACUAUUCUACAGCAUCAGAAAAACUUUCCCUUAUCUCAACAUGAAGAUUUACCGCUUUGAUUCCAAUAGAGUCCGUGACAAGAUAUCCAAGUCGAUUCGACAAGCAUUGGAUCAGCCAUUGAAUUAUGCAAGGAUAUACCUGGCGGACACCAUACCAGACGACGUGAAGCGCGUGAUAUAUCUGGACUCAGACCUUGUAGUGGUUGAUGAUAUAGCUAAGCUUUGGUCCACUGACAUGGAAGAAAAGGUGGUGGCUGCACCGGAAUAUUGCCAUGCAAACUUCUCCUUGUAUUUCACUGAAAAGUUCUGGUUAGACCCCGUUUUGUCAAAGACAUUUGAGGGGAGGAAGCCGUGUUAUUUCAAUACGGGGGUGAUGGUGAUGGACGUGGACAAAUGGAGGAGUGAAGGGUACACAGGGAUGGUGGAGGAAUGGAUGGCGGUGCAGAAGCAACAGAAGAGGAUCUAUCAUUUGGGGUCACUACCACCCUUCUUGCUGGUUCUGGCGGGGAAUAUCACGGCGGUGGACCAUAGAUGGAACCAACAUGGAUUGGGUGGGGAUAACUUUGAAGGUAAAUGUAGGGGCCUGCACCCUGGUCCUAUAAGUUUGUUGCAUUGGAGUGGUAAGGGGAAGCCAUGGUUGAGGUUAGAUUCAAGGAAGCCAUGCACUGUUGACCAUUUAUGGGCUCCUUAUGAUCUAUUCUGGUCCUCUAGACAUCAUUUCUUUGAAGAAUGA